CCGCAAAUGGCGGCCGGCUCUGAGGGGAAUCUGCCGCUGAGUGCUGGUGGUCAGACCCGCGGUGGUGAGUCUGGCAGGGUACGGCUCCGGUCUCUCUCCGAAACGUGAGAUCGGGUGGUUGUAAAGCGAUUUUGGUUGAGGAGCCCGGUCGGUUGGGUCUCGGUGGCUGGUAAAGGAGCCGGCUGCGUUGGGCUCUGAGGAGGCUCAGUGCUUCGUGUGGGGCCUGGUCCCUUGGGUCCGGUGCUCACUAAAGGAGCCCGGUCUCUUGGGUCCUGCUGAGCCCCGGUGCCCGGUGAGGAGCCCCGUGGGUUGGGCUUUAAUGAACCCUCGUGCCCAGUGAGGAGCAGGGUGGGUUGUGUGCUGCAGCCUGGUAAAGGAGGCUGGUCUGUUAAGCAUUGUCCAACCGUUCAGACUGUGGCGGCCAUUGAGGCAGCAACCAGCAGAGCCACUGCCUCGGUUUCUCCCUCAGCCCUGCCCCGUCUCACCAUGCCAGGCCAGGGGCCAUCAUGGGUCCCCCGGGCAUUACUGGUGACUGUGCUGGUCUGGCUGCUGGCCCUGCAGCUGCUGCUCGACCUGCGGCUGCUGGGGCUGCUCUGUGGGGUGAUGGCGGCACUGGGCAGCUGGCUGGGGCCCCGUGCUCUCAGCUCCCACAACCGGCGGCUGCGGCUGGAGCAUUUCUUCAGCUCCCUGCGACCCCAACCCCACUGCCCAGCGCCCAAAGAGCUGCUGGAGAGGGAGAUCGACAGCACUGUCCACAAAGUGAUGCGGGACUUCGUUGGCUCUUGGUACCAUACCAUCAGCAGCGAGCCUGCCUUUGAGGCUGAGGUGGAGAAGGCCAUGAUGGGCCUGGCUACCGAGCUGAGGCGGCGGAUGGAGCGAGUGGACCGCCAAGCCUUGGCCCACCGCCUCCUCCUCCUCUGUGGCCAUCACUUGCAGAGCUACCUCCGGGCAUGUGAGGCUCUGAGGGGUGAUCCAAAGCGGGGCCGGAGCCUGUGGCAGGAGUACAGCCGGGCGGCAGGGCCGCAUCCUGCCCUCCGCAGCGCGGCGGCUGAGGUGAGCUAUGCUCGGGAGGCUGUGGAGAUGCUGCUGCGGGCACUGGUGCCGCGGCCACACCUGGAGACGCGGACGGGACGCUUCGUGGUCGUGGAGCUAGUUACUUGCAACGUGCUACUGCCAGCCAUCAGGAAGAUGGCUGACCCUGACUGGAUCAACCUGCUGCUCGUCGGGGCUUUCUCCAAGAAGCCUCGGGUUGAAGAGCCACCUCCUGCACCCCUAGUGCCUGAUUUCUUGCCCUUCACGGUGCAGACUGAUGCUGCCUCUGCGGGGCUGCCCCCUUCCCCGAGGGCCAUGGAGAUGCCCAGGAGAGAGGCAGGGGUUGCUGGCGAGGAGGGAGAGGAACUGGCAAGCAGGCUGUGCCACACAGAGGAGGCUUUCCUCCGCCCACGAGCCCUGGGCUCCCUCUUUCCCUGUGAGGAUUUGGAACUGGAGUCUCCUGCACCUGAGACAGGCCAGGACACAGACCUGCUGGCACCAUCACCUGCGAGGGAGUUCCUCAAUGAACCCCUCCAGGAGACCUCCAUGGUGCUGGAGGGACCAGCCACUAUGGAGGAUGGCUUGGGGGACCUGGAGGAAGGCAGUGCCACCAGCUCAGAUUCUGGCCUGCUUCUCACCUCUGCUUUUGCACCAAGCUCCUGCCCUGAUAUCCAGAUCGACCCAGUGGUUGAAAAGGAAGAGGAAAGCCCAUCUAUCUCCAAGAGGUCCUCCUCACAGAGGCCCUCCAGCUUGGGGAAAGAUCUGGGGGUGGCAGAGGUCCCAGCACAAAGCCCCCCAGAUCCUGGGCAGGCUCUGCCCUUGCUCUCAUCCUCCCCAACGGCUUCCGUCAGCAGCUUCAGCUUUGAGCCCCUCAGCAGCCCUGAUGGGCCGGUCGUGAUCCAGAACCUGCGGAUAACAGGGACCAUCACUGCCCGAGAGCACAGUGGGACUGGCUUCCACCCCUACACCCUCUACACUGUCAAGUAUGAGACAGCCCUGGAGAGUGAGAGUGCAGGCAGCCUUCAGCAAAUGGCUUACCACACCGUGAACCGCCGUUACCGGGAGUUCCUCAACCUCCAGACCAGGCUGGAGGAGAAACCGGAGCUCCGCAAGUUCCUGAAAAAUAUCAAAGGCCCAAAGAAACUGUUCCCUGAUCUCCCAUUUGGAAAUAUGGACAGUGAUAAAGUGGAAGCCAGAAAAAGUCUGCUAGAAUCUUUCUUGAAGCAAUUGUGUGCAGUCCCUGAGAUUGCAAACAGUGAGGAGGUGCAGGAGUUCCUCGCCCUCAACACUGACGCCAGAAUCGCGUUUGUCAAGAAGCCCUUUGUUGUCUCCAGGAUAGACAAGAUCGUUGUCAAUGCCAUUGUGGACACCUUGAAGACUGCAUUCCCCAGGUCAGAGCCUCAGAGCCCCACAGAGGAUCUGAGUGAGUCUGAAGUGGAUGGGAAGUCUCAGACAGAUGGGAAGAAGGCUAACAAGUCCAGGCUGAGGUUCUCAUCCAGUAAAAUUGCUCCAGUGCUGAAUGCAAAUGAAGCUCAUGACAGGAUUGUGUACUCUGUCAGGGAGGGCAGUGCUGUCUCUGGCACCCUGUCACUGGCUGCUAUGGAGUCUUUCAUUCAGAAGCAGGAGAAGCUGCUGGAAGCAAUCGCCAGCAAAGCUCCCGAAUGUGAGGGAAGCAGAGAAGCUAAGGAAAGCUCUGUGCAGGAGGAUGUAGAUGGGCUGGGCACAUCGGAGCAGGGAGCACAUCUGGACACAAACUCUGAUUCUGAGACAGCUUUGGCUGACCUGGCCCUGGAUGUGCUUCGUCUGCUGCUGAUGGAUCACUGGAGCUGGCUGUGCACAGAGAACGUCCAGAAGGUUUUCCACAUGCUUUUUGGGACCCUCAUUCAAAGGUGGCUGGAAGUCCAGGUGGUUAACCUGACCUGCACCCAGCGUUGGGUCCAGUACCUCCAGUUGCUACAGGAAUCCAUCUGGCCUGGAGGAGUUUUACCAGCAGUGCCUAAACCAGCAAGGACAGAGGAACAAAAGAAGGCAGCAGCAGAGCAGGCCCUGCAGAGCCUGAUGGGGAUCUUGCCUAACGUGAUCCAAGAAAUCCUUGGGACCAGUAAAUGUCAGAUGAGCUGGAACCUGAUCCUGGAGUCCUUGGGCCAGCCUGUGAUAAACAGGCACCUGGUUUUCUGCCUCUUGGACAUUCUGCUGGAGUUCUUGGUUCUGAAGGGCUCCAGCCAUGAGCUCGAGACCACAUCUGUCACGCUGUCUGCGUCUAGUGGCCUGGACAGAGCAGAUGUUUCGGCACAUUAACCAGGGCUGGUGCAGCCUGCACUGGAGGAGAGAAGCAGCCACAGGCAUGGCAUGAUUUGAUUUUCAGUCUUUACUGAAACAUGUCUGGGAGCUCCUUGUAAAAGAUUUUUUUUCCAGCCAGUACUAAAUGAGGCUGCUUCCAGGCCUCUCUGUUUUGCUUGGUUAAACCCAGUGGCAGGGGCUAAAGAUGCUUUUCUGCCAUGUGGCAUGUGUUCCAUUGCUGACCUGAUGGAGAGCCUGGACUGAAGAUGCCUGACCUCUGCUGAGCUGGACAGUCUGAGAAGAAUAUGCAGGCUGCCCACAGACUCUGUUGCCUUGCCCCAGUAUCUCUACUAUCUAAAGGCAAACAGCAGAUAAGAUUUGCUUUGGUGGCCUCAGGCUCCACCUAGCACUGGCAUGCAGAUGUGACAAUGUCUUGUUGAGAGAUGUUUCUCCAGGACAGGUGAAGGGAGGAUCAAAUGAUAUCCCUGUUCUCUAAGCAGUCUGUCCCAUGCCUACACUGUGCCAUCCAUUUUACCAGAAGGAAGAUGAGGAGAGAAUGGAGCACAGAGAGGUCGUGAUAGCCCUGAAGUUGAUGUCAGUGGCCCAUCCCUGCAGCCCACAUCACUGGGAGGUUGCAAGCAGUGCAGAAAUCAAAGCUGCUGUCCUGCCUUAGGGACAAAGAUAAGCUGCCUCCUGCAGCCACUGCUCUGACAUGGUCUUGUUCCAGUGUCUUUUACAGCCUGAACAACAGGAUGUAAGUAAGGUAGACUUUAGUUCUCAGAGAGCUGUCCCCAUGUUCAAGGGGAAAGGUGGCUUAGCUGGACUUGAGGAUUACCAUGUAUUUUGCCUGCUGAGUCACAUUUUAGUCCCAAAGGCUGUCACCUGGAAGGCACAUAGCUGUUACUAAGCCUGCUGUUGCAACAGCUAUGUGCAGAGGGCUCUAGAAAGCUUGUCAGGUCACGAUGUCCAGUGCCACCCAGCAGAGAAUGGCAUGUCAGUUUGGCAGCUGCUUUUCUGGAUCAUCCAAGACUUGAAUGGUUUUGCAAGCUUAUGCUGCUCAGCUGUCAGGUUUGUGACAGAGCAAAUGGACAUGGAGAACAUGGACAUGGAGAAUAAGCACCAUCAGACCCCUUUGACCUGUUUUGGUGUAUUCCCUGAGAGAAAUAUGAACUGAUGAGGGCUGGACUUUGCUGAUCAAGGGGACGCUGGUGUUCUCUACAGAUUAAAGUGCUUAGAAGAGGAGACUUUCCAAGAGGGAAGUGUGCAGGAUCAACUAGUUUCCAUGUUACAGUACCAAAUGGUACAUUUCAUGUAGCCUCACGUUUCUUGGAGUUGGAUACUCUGUGGCACGUUUGGAGAGAAUGUGAUGUGACUUCAAUGUGCAUACUACUGAAAGCAGAGACUCUGCUCUUCCCAGAGGCAGCUGCUUAAUAAUGGACAUAAGGCAGGGUGUGUUUCUGGUGUGUGUUGUGUGAAAAUAUGUGGAAGGAUUAACUUGCUGCCAGCCAGGAUAUUUUUAGGGAGCUCUAAGAACAUCCCAAGACCCAAUGUAAUGAAGCAAAGCAGUUUUGCAUCCCUUAUCAGAGCCAUUUCUCAGCAGUGACACUUUUGAGUUGGUAGACUUGCCACCUGCUUGGAAAAGAGGAGACAUUGUGCAUUAAAUAGCUUAAGAGUAGAUGAGGUAAGGUGUUGGGGAAUGCUCCACAUGGGAUAAUCACAAAUGGCCAAGCAGCAGAUUGGGAAGCAAGACUCCCAUAUAUCCUUCAGCACAGUAUCUGUUUGGAGCAGCCACUUCACCCUGCCCUUCAAUGCCAGGGCUUCUGUUUCCCUUCUUUUCCCUACUACUUUCAUUUAUUUCCAUUACCUGUCUGAAGGAGAGGGAGAAGGCAGUAGGAGAAGGAUCCAGGGAUGAUGUAGCAUGGUCCUGUUGUGCUUGGUGGCUUCCCAGGUGCUCUUGGUGUGCUUGCUUGCUGUUAUUUCCUCAUUAUUUUAUGGCUUUGGAGUUCCAGGAUUGCAGCCUGUCAUUGCUUAAGGAUAUCAUUAAGAGCUUGUUGGGUGAAAAAGGUCAGAGAUGUACUACAAGCUGUGCACUGCCAGCUCCAUGUGAGGGCAAAAGUCUGGCACAGUCCCUGCAGUCACUUGGAAGGACCAGCUUACAUCUCCCCUUUUCCAGGAAGCCCCAACAUUAACCCUGAUCUCUGACGUUACUCAAAUGACUCAACAGCCAAUCCUCCUGAUGGAAAUCAUUUGCCAUUUCUGCUGGUGGACUCAGAGGAGCAGAGCUCGAGAGCUGGCACUUCACUGGGAUGGUGCAACAAUGAUUUGUGGUUGUAUCAGACAACUGUUUGGCGUGUGCAUCUUCUGCACCUUUCACACAGGGACCUCGAAGCUGCAUUUUGCAGCCUUGCUCGUGUGGCAAAGUAGCAACAUCUCCUUUGUGUUUACAGGGGGCAGAGAUGAAAUCAAUUUACUUACACACCUAAGUCAGCAGCAGAGUUGGGAACAGACCCCAGGAGUUUGGAUUGCAAGAUCUUUGCUUUAAUCCUCAGAACCUUCUUUCUUUUCUUCAAGCAAGGAAAACAGAAAGCAGGGUUGCCAGAGCCCUUUCUCAUGCUCCUCCUGGCGAGGCUUCAAACUCCCAUUCUCUCCUUCAUAGAUCUUAGUCCAUUCUCACAGCCAAGGUGAAGCUGCCCAGGAACAGCAUAGGAACAAGUAGCCCCUCUCUGUAGCUUGUUGUUAAGGAGUACAAGAUCCAACAAAAAGCUCUGCUUUUUUUCCUCACACCAGUUCUUUGCCUUGCUGCAAUUUUCAGGUUAAAUUGAGCACAAGGGUGGUGAAAGCAAACAUCUGCAUUCAGGUGGGCUGAAAGUUUAUUCUUGUUGAACUAAGACUAGAAAUACAGCUUUGGUAAAACAAACAAGGCCAACAAAAAGCCUUUAACUCUCUCUCUGUGUCAGACUCCCAGCAAGCUUCCCUUUCCUGCAGGAAUUUGUGCAGAAGGGAUUUGAUUUCAAGACAAAGGUGCAGGCUUCUGUCAUAUUAGGUGUAGAGCAGUACAUGCUUCAGGUGUGUGCUCAGCUCUCUGGGUCCUAUUGGACAUCUGCCAUCUGCCUCCAGCCCACUGCUUGCUGACUGUGUGACAUCAAGGAAAGCAUUUCAUUUCCACCUGCCUCGGUUUCCCCCAGCUUCCCUGGAAGCAGGGGCUGCUUGUAUGUGUGUGUGUACAACACAGAGCAGAGUGGUACAGAGCUUCAAAGCAGCACUGUAAGCUAAAGAGUAGGUUUUAUGUUGGGACAAAGCUUUUUUAGAUGGUGUUUUCAGGAAAAAUGAGUGCCACCACUCUGUCCUGACUCCCUGUCAUAUUUUCACACCUCCAAAUCUGUGUAGAAGGGUGCUGUCUGGAAAACCUACUUAGUUGUUAAAUGUUGUCAAAGUGCUCCUAAGUACUCAUGGCUUAUGCUCUGACUGUGUACAAUAAUACUUCCAUUUCAACCUUGGGUUUGUCUCUGAGUUUAAAAUUCACCUUUGCUCAGAAACUGCCUGUUAGACAGCCCUUGGGAAGAGAGAAGUGGGUAAGGGAGAGGAAAGAAAGCCCAGCUGAGAGUGGGAAGGAGGGAUCAGGCAUCUCCUCAAGUGUCCCAAAAUGCCAGCCUGGAGCAGCAGUGCUGAUAGCAAUGGGUCUGAGAUGGUGUUUUGCCCCCCUGGCACACAGUGGCAUUAGUGGGACUGCUCAGAGAUGGGAAAGACCAAAGUUUGUAUCAGCUUAGUCAGAAACAGGAACAGUUUUCCCAUCUCUGGUAGUAUCAGCAUUGCUUCCUUCUCCCUGACAAGCAAACCUCUUGAAUUAGGCUUUCCAGGGAGUGCAAAACCAGAGAAACAAUGUGGAGGUCUUUGGCCUUUCUCCUGGAAGAAAGUGAAAGACACCCAGAGAAGCAGGGGCUGUGCAGACCCAUCUCCAUAUCCCUUGGGCACUGCUGCUUAGGAAGUUCACCUUGAUAUCCAUCCUGGAGGAGGAAAGCUGGUAAGCUAUAAGGAAAUAGAGAAUAUCUGAAAAUGAGGAAUUCCACAUGAAAUUGGAAAUAUUACAUUGAAGAGAAAAAAAAAGAUAGAGGGAGGAAGAAAAACCUGAUACAAUGAACACUUGAGUCAUGUAUUAUUCUGGAUUAGCCCUGCCACAGAAAGAUCCCAUACACCCUAUGAAAUCCAUUACCUACAAGCCAGUGAACAUUUGUACAGCACAUGAUGUGAGGAUCACAGCUGAAGCCAAGUUCCCCUGUGUAAUAUCUACCCCAGGGUAGAUUGGUCCAUUUCCAGUGUCAACAGCCAGAGGAUUAAGCAUUUAUCUCUGCAGAACAGUGGGUAAUUAAUACCAGAUCGAACUAGGGGCUACGCUCGAGAGAGUUUGUGACUGAGUGUGGCUUCAUCACCCAUGGGUGAGUUAUAUUGGGGGUGGGAUGAUGUCUUCUCUGCCCUGCAAGGUGCAGGCACUGCCUUGGUGAUGUAUGCAUUGGCAGCUACAGGAUGGCAUCAAGCUUGCCAAGUGAAGAUGAGGGUGAGCUUUCCCAUCACGGCCACAGGCAGUAGGCAUUAGGGGUGAAAAUCUAUCAGGAGACUUCUCCUUCCAGCCAAAAGCUGGAAGAAUGGGA